AUUUCCGUGAAAGGAUACGUUCAUUUUGAAACAGAAAUAGGCAGUUCUAAACAUAUUCAAAAUGGCGUUGGUCUCUUAUCCUGUUUUGUUUUCGUUUUAGUAACUUAUUAAAAUGUCUGAAGGAAAUGUUUUGGAGCGAGUGAUGAAAGAUAUAGGAGAUGUAGAAAGUCGCCUGUUUGACCAUAGGCCAUUCGUUCAGGGGGAAACUAAGUUUUUCUUGAAGGAAUUUGAAGAAAAAAGAAAGGAAAGGGAAGUGAGGAGAAUGUUUGAAAUGCUUGAAAUUGUGACUGAAAUAAAAGAAACACAAAUUGAAAAAGGUGUGAAACUUGGAGAUAUGCAUCUUUGUAAUUUAACUGGCCACUUUGAAGUGGCUUUGCGUAUGUGCAAUAAUAUUGUGGAAAGAGAGGAUUCCAAUAAAAAGAAAGACUUUUUAGAUCGUAGGAGAGAACAGAGGAAAAAGGAGUGGAUUGCAUUUGUUGAUGACAUUCAGAAUAAGAAUACUGCAGUUAAUCAAACAUUUGCUGACAAAGAAGAGCAACUGAAAACAUAUUACAAUAAAUUAGAAGAAGCUAUGCAUAUAUCACCCACACAGUCGGACAAUAGUAUUUAAGCUAUGUAUUUAUUGUAUACUGGAACAUCUUAAUAAUGGCAAUAGUUUUUGAAAUCUGAAUCAUGUUUUCAGUAUCGUUAUAUUGUCUAUGGAACUGAAACAAAAGAGUUGUUGAUGAAAGUUUCAUUGUUUAAUAAUUUAUUCCCAAAUUGUGUAUUUAUAUUUUAACUUAUGAUUUAUUAUACUUAUGCAACUUUGUAAAGUUUUAAUGACAUAGAAUGGAAAAUCUUUAUGACUUUGUUAUUUUUGUGAAAGAAUGUUAUGAAAAACGAAUUUUGCCAAGAGGAAGAAAUUUCUUUACUCAUCUAGCAUUAUGAAUAGUAAAUGCAUUAUUAGUUGAAAAAUUAA